GCCAAAGCAACUAAGGGUUCCCUGGGCAGAUUUGAUCUGGAAGGGUCCAUCUAUCCCUUGGAAUCAAUUCUUAUGCUGGCUCAUUGUCAUUGGGAGAAUUCAAACGAAAGAUAAUAUGAAAGAUUGGGGAUUCCAGGGAUCAGACACAUGCGUUCUAUGUGAUGUAUGUGUUGAGACUAGAGAUCAUCUCUUCUCCACUUGUUGUUACUUCAAGGUGGCCUUUGAACAGCUAUUUGGUUUGUAUACCAAUUUUAGGCCGCGGAACAGGGAAGAUGGUUUGAAUUGGGUGAUCAAGAACUUUGGUUGGAAAGGUGAGGAGGCUGCUGCUGGGAGACUUAUCUGGCAGUCUGUGUUGAGCCAUACAUGGCGUGAGCGUUGUAAUAGAGCCUUUGGAGCAGAUAGGAAGGAUGUAAAGGCCUUGGUUCGGAUUGUGAAGAUGGAGGUUAAGCUGUUGGGUUGGGAGUUAUUCGCUCAGAAAAUAUGGGUGAGGGGCUGAAUCUGUAUCAGCUUUCUGUGUCGAGGUUUUACACUUUUGGUUUAGUUUAUAGUUUGCGUGUUUGAGUCUGAUGAGACUUCUUUCGUAUUCCACCUAGCUGGCAGGGUAGUUGUCAGCACCCUUUUUUGAUGAAAUAGAAGACCCGAUUCAUAAAAAAAAAAAUUCGGGCCACGAUGCUAUAAUGAAUCAAAUAACUAUCGACAAACCAUAAUAUAAUGAUGAAAGGAGGAAAAAAUAUGCUAGAAUUCGGAAGCCAAAAAAACAUAAAUGAAUGUGUGGGCCACCUGAACUUAAUUAGACCCAAGUAAUCGACCAAAAUAGACUGAAAAUCGAGAGGCAACCCAAAGUCCACCAUUCAAAUCCACAACAGAAGAAACGUUUUGUUGGAAGAGAAGAGGCAGAUUUAAGAGUCGAAUGGCUUAUUUGCAGGUACUGAUGGAUCCAAGAACUUUACAUAGUGGUAUCUUCUCUCAAUAAAUAAAUUUUAUUAAAUUUAUAUAUUAUAUUAAAAAAUUAUUGAAUAUGAAAAUAUCUUACUAGUAAAAUUUACAAUAAAAUUUCAUGUGUUUUGUAUUAUGAAAAAAUAAUAAAAUAUAUUUGGUGUCUAUAAUGCUCAACAAAUAUCUCUCGACAUAUCCUACUAGAGAAGAGUGGCCCGUAAUUGGAUUUAAUCAUUAAAUUUUGAAAAUAUUUGGGGAUAAGAAUAACAUGUUACUAUUAUAUUUGGAUCUAAAACAAAACAACAAAUGAAUUGUAGUCUAAUUAAAAAUAUUUUACUAGUACCAGUGUUACAAGUUCAAAUCACAUAGACUACCACUUAAAUAUUAUUUGUACCCAUACGCAAACUACUACGAGAUGAUGGAUAAUCCUUUUUGAAAAUUUUAAGGGUAUCCUACUAUCACUUAAAUAUUUAUUUAUCCAUAAACAAACUACUAUCAGAGAUUUGAUAAUCGUGUUCUCAAAUUUUAUGAGUGUUUCGAGACACUCCUAAACUUCCAUGAAUCCGCGACUGCUUCCAGGGAACCCAAUGCUUCUCGAUGAGAUUCUUCCUUGCAAGGUGGAGUCUAGGAGACGUCGACUGGAGUUUCCAUUGGGUCAAAACUCAAAAGCCAAAGUUGAGAGGGAAGGGAAGGAAGCAAGGUUGUUAAACCCCUAUCGAACCCCCGGUUGGACCCGGUUCAACCCGAGUCGGGCUUCAAAACGGCCUCCAGAAAACCCCCCGGUCUGACCCCUAAACAGGGAGAAGAAGAGAGGCAGAAGAGAGGAAAAGGAACGAAGGAAGGGAAAUGGUAGGUGGAUCAUGGAGGUUAGGUAGAUUUAUUUUGUUGAAAAUAAGUUUUUAAUAGAUAUAUGUAAGAUAAAUUUUAUUUCACUCAUUAAAUUUUUAAUUACUACUUUAUUGUAUAUAUAUUUAGAAAACGUCUAAAACGGCUCAAACCGGCCGGACCCCGAUCAGACCAUUAAACCUCAAACCCCUUGCUUGACCGGCUCAAUGACUUAAACCGGUUUGACAACCUUGGAAGGAAGUAUUGUGCGUGGAAAAUAAUUAGGAAAAUUAUUUAAGGCGCAUAUAUUGUAAAAGGAAUCGAAGUAAUAAAAUAGUUUAAACACCAACUGAUUUACCUGUUGCAAUUCUUCCCUUCACGUUCUUCAGUGCUUAGACAUUGCAAGUUCAACAGCUUAUAUAAGUAGUUACCACCCCACCACUGUAUCAGGGGAUAUGUAGUGGUAUAUUUUGAUCAUGUAUUUUUUUAUUAUAAAUUUUGUGGAUUUAAUAGAUUACGAUGAACUUGUUCUUUCUGUGCAAAUUAAAAAAUUAUGAGGUAAAAAUGGUGAUAACAUGUGGUAUGAAAUUUGUUUUCUCAAAAUAUAUUGAAAACGAAUCUGAUUUUCUAAAUCACAAUGAACUCUUUCCAUCUGGCAAAAAAAAUUGAAAUUGAAAUUAGAACGAAGAAUAUAAAAGAUAAUUUGAAAA